AUGUAUGGGCGCGUCGCUGAGUGGAAGCCUUAUCCUGGUCUUACGUUCACGCGGUGGAAGUGUUUAGAUGCUGCAGCAACACCAUUGUGUACAUUUUUACCUACAUCUAUGUUUAUUUGUUUACAUGCAAACGAGCGAUCAGCCCUUCACACAAGACGUACAUGGAUUAAAACAAGAUGUGAAGAUUCACAACAACCCUCUCCAGGCCUCUGGUCGGAGCCCGAAGGCUACUAUCAGAAGAGUCUCGCCGCGCUGUGCAAUGCAGGAGACUUAUCUGGUCUAAGGGGCAUUCAUGAUCGCCCCCGACGCCGCAAGAUGAAGCUCCCAUCACUUCACAUGCAAUCACGUGAACAUCAAACUAGUUGUAAUCUGGCGCGAGGUGAACUCCAGUCUGGAGAAAUGAGAUCUACAUUGGUGACGUUGCGACCACCUAAAGAGGAAGGUCGCCGUCACAUCCAUGUGAACUACGAUACCUAUAACCAGCGACAUAAAUCUAAAAGCCAAAGU